AUGGUGAAGAUUGAGCCUUUUGCAGUUGAACAAUGGAUGGACAGAUACGAAACUGUUGCAACCUAUAAUAUCGCCGAGACCUGCUGCGAUUCCAUCUCUCUCACAGACCUUUCCUUAUUGUCAUCGUCGGAUUCGGGCGAAGAUAAGUUUCAGGAAUCCCUCAAUAAACUAUUAAAAAGGACGCUGGGAUAUGGGCACAUUCGCGGCUCCCCCGAGUUUCGUGAAAAUGUUACAAAGCUCUACUCUUCGUCGUCUCUUAUGGGAAAGCUCCCAGUUGACAAUGUUCUGAUCACCCCUGGGGCUAUCGCAGCCAAUUUCCUGCUGUUAUAUACCCUCGUAGGGCCUGGUGACCAUGUUAUUUGCAUGUAUCCGACUUACCAGCAGCUCUAUGCCGUGCCAGAGUCUUUAGGUGCAGAGGUGGAGCUCUGGAAGUUAAAGGAGGAAAACGGAUUUACAGCCGAUCUUGAUGAAUUGGAGAAGCUCAUCAGGCCAGCAAACGAGGAUGGAACCGGAGGAACUAAAUUGAUCAUUAUCAAUAACCCCAAUAACCCUAUUGGGAACUUUCUCCCUUCUGAAGCACUCCAUAAGAUCGUCAAUCUCGCCAAAAUCUCUGGCAAUAUCCCAAUUCUUUCUGAUGAAGUCUAUCGCCCUCUAUUUCAUUCUUUAGACACCUCAACUCAUCCGCCAUCUAUCAUUGAUAUUUAUGAUCAUGGUAUCGCAACUGGCUCCAUGUCUAAAGCAUUUUCGCUCGCAGGCCUACGUGUGGGAUGGGUCGCCGCUCGCCAACACGGGGUAAUCGACGCCUGCGCCAGUGCACGGGACUAUAAUACCAUCUCCGUAUCGCAACUUGACGAUACAAUGGCAACAUACGCUCUCUCUCCUAAUAUCGUCUCGAAGAUCCUAGAACGAAAUGUAGCAUUGUGCAAUACAAACCUAAAGAUUCUCGAUGAUUUCAUCACCCGGGUGCCUGAGAUUAGUGACGGGAAAUUUAACGCCUCGUAUAUCAAGCCUACCGCAGGGACAACAGCAUUUGUAAAGUUUGAAAGCAAAGAUGGGGAAAUAGUGGAUGAUAAGAGAUUUUGUGAAGAACUACUGGAGAGAAAGGGGAUCAUGUUUCUGCCAGGUGGGGUGUGCUUUGGGCAUGGCGAAGAGUUCGUGGGAUAUUUUAGAAUUGGAUAUUGCUGUGGAACGCAGGUGCUGAAAGCUGGUCUCAAGGGAGUGAGGGAAUUUUUGAAGGGAGAAUUUUAG